AUGGGCGUCAUCGUCGAUCUGCUCGGGCGUCUCGACGCCGCGACUGCUGCCGCGCUCGUCGUGCUGGGGGUUGUUGUGGCGCAUGUUGUGCCGUGGGCGGUGGAUGGGCGGGGCUUGAGAGCGUACCCUGGGCCGUGGCUGGCGCAGUUCUCGGAUCUGUGGCUGGCGUGGACGGCGUCGCACGGGCAUCGGUGCGAGACGGUGCACGAGCUGCACAACAAGUACGGCCCCUUCGUGCGCAUCGCGCCCAACCACAUCUCCGUCGCCGCGCGCGACGCGAUCCCCACAAUCUACGCGCACGGCUCGAACCUCAUGAAGUCCAACUUCUACGACGUCUUCGUGACCAUUAUGCCCGGGCUGUUCAACACGCGCGACCGUGCGGCGCACGCGCGCAAGCGGCGGCUCGUCGCGCACGUUUUCUCGAUGCGGAGCGUGCAGGCGUACCAGCCGCUCGUGCUGUCGCAUCUGCAUGUGCUGUUGGACAAGUGGGAUGCGCUGUGUGCGAAGGGGCGGGGGGAUGCGAGGGGCGUUGAGGGGGAUAGUAAGUGGCGCGGGGCUGACGGACGGGUGUGGUUUGAUUGUUUCCCAUGGUUCAGCUAUCUCUCGUUCGACAUCAUCGGAGAUCUAUGCUUCGGCGAGCCGUUCGGGAUGCUCGAAGCGGGCAAGGACGCCGCGCCUGUUGUGGAAGAUACGAAAGCCGGGCUGGCGUUAUACGGCGAGAAGGCGCCCGCAGAGGUGAAAUACCACAUCCCAGCCGUCCGCGUCUUGCACAAGCGCGGCGCACAUACGGCAUCUGUGGGCGUAUUGCGUCCCUUCUGGCGUAUGGUGAUCAAUCGCGCGUUGCCGUGGUACAAUCAAGGGUACCAGGCGUCGCAGGAUCUUACGCGGAUGGCUAUUGCUGCUGUUGCGCGACGCAUUGCUGCGCCCGCGCCGGAUAGGGUGGAUAUAUUGAGCAAGUUGCAGGAGGGCGUGGACGAUAAUGGGAGGCCGAUUAGUAGCGAGGAGUUGACUGCCGAAGCGCAGACGUUGAUGCUCGCCGGUUCCGAUACCACCGCAAACACACUCGCGGCGGUGAUCUACUACCUCGCAGGCCACCCCGAAUGCAUGCGCAAAUUACAGCGGGAACUGGACGAUGCCCUCGCGACCGAAGCCGAGCCGGUGCCCCUCUACGACUCGAUCAAGGCCCUGCCCUACCUCGAGGCAGUAGUGAGCGAGACGAUGCGUCUUCAUUCCGCGCUGGGACAAGGGCUUGAGCGAGUUGUGCCAGAGGACGGGCUCGAAGUCCUCGGGCGCACUUUCGCGCCGGGCACGGUUCUGAGCGUCCCCUCGUACGACGUGCACCUCGAUACGUCCGUGUGGGGUAAGGAUGCCGCGGCGUUCAGGCCUGAGCGGUGGUUCGAGGUAGAGUCGGGCGUGGCGAGCAAGUCGUUCUUGCCCUUCUCGUUCGGCCCGCGCGCGUGCAUUGGGCGCAAUCUCGCGCUGAUGGAUAUUCCGGUGAUCGUCGCGACUGUCGUGCGGAGGUACGACUUUGUGCUGGAGGACGCGUCGAAGCCCGACGUGCUUCCUGUGCAGGAGGGGUUCUUGAGGAAGCCUGAGCAUUGUCGGGUGGGUGUGAAGGUGCGGGAAGCCGUAGGGGAGCAGGUGUGA